UCACCGGAUUCAGGGGCUGCGGAGGGGUCCGAGCCAAUCACGUGGCAGUCCUGUUCAUUGAUGCUUAGUCAUAAGCGCCGUGGAAUACAAAUAACUAACGUAAUCAACCACCGAGCGACGAAUACCACCGAGCGACGAAUUUUCCUCCACCCUACCACUUCCUUUUUUCAACGCGUCAUUUUAUCACCACCACUAUCAAAAAUGCCUUUAUCUCAAGAAAACCGAAUUCAAAUGGCUAUUGCAGCUUAUAAAAAUCAAAAAGUCAAAUCAAUACUGAAGGCUGCAGAGAUUUUUGGGGUGCCUGAGGCUACCCUUCGCGCUCGCCUUAAAGGAAGACAACCACGCGCAGAAACACGUGCUAAUGGCCAUAGAUUAAAGGCUAUUGAAGAGGAAACACUUAUUCAGCGAUUACUAGAGGCAGAUAAACGAGGUUUUCCAAUUCGGCCAGAGUUUCUGCGUUCAAUGGCACAAAUAUUACUCCGUGAGCGUCUACAGG